CUACUACUUCCUCUUCAACUACCAACGAUGCUAUAACUCGUGUGGUGGAAUGGAAUGAUAAAAUGGAGAUUGAGUUUUUUCGUGCUGUAAUAAAAAAUAGACCUGUUGAUAUAGCGAAAGAAUUCAAUUCAAACAGUCCUGUAAAAUGUUCUAUUUCAGAAUUAUGGGAAAGAUUUGAAAAUCGUAAAGCAGGAGGAUCUUCACGUGGUGAAUCACCUUCUCCAUCAUAUAUAAAAGGUCAAAGAGGACGUAAAGGACAUUCCAGAACAUCAUCACUCACUGUCUCUUUAGAAUCUUCACCUGAGCCUGAAGAAACUAAAAAACCUAGAAGAACUCGGAUUACAAGGAAAUCUGACAUUAGCCUUGAAAAUAAUAAAACAUUGAAUAAGCGAGUUAGCAGAUCAAGAAAAACUUCCGACGCUAUUUCACCUACACAUAAUCUAUUAUUAUAA